UUUACGGUCCUAUAACAACGGAAUUAAACCUAUAAAAACUUUUAAUCUUCUUUUAUUGGCCCAUUUUAUAUUUGAAUAUGAGUACUGACGUUGUUAUACUGUUGCUUAUAGUCGAUUUUUCUUUAGGCAGUAGUUUUGAGGGGAAAGUUAUUGGUGGGAAAUAUGCAACAAUUAAAAAUUUUCCUCAUGUAGCAUUUUUGAAAAUAAACGUAGACUAUGAGGCAUAUAUUUGUGGAUCUUCUGUGUUGAAUCAACUAUUGUUAGUGUCUGCCGCACAUUGUUUUGAGCUAAUAGAUAAACGUACUAUUAUAGGUGUGUAUGCGGGACAUCAUGACAUUUUUCAGGUGAAACUAGUGAGACUGGUGAAAACUGUAUAUCGUCACAAAUCUUACCACUCCGAAACCAUAGCUAAUGACAUUGCUUUGAUAAAACUUAAGCACGCCUUACCUUUUGGGGAGUUUAUUAAGCGUGUGAUUUUGCGACCAAAUAUCCACAAGGAAGUCGGAAUAUUGGCUGGGUGGGGAGCAACGAAUAGCCAGAUGAGUGAAUUUGAUUACAAGCUGAAGUGUGUCUCGCAGAAGUUGAGGUCCAAAGAUGACUGUUCACGAAUUGGUACAUUGCACAAGGGAAUGAUAUGUGCCGGAAGUUUCAAUUCUAAUCAUUCAAGGCCAUCAAACCACCGGUCUCAAGCAAGUGCAACAAUCUCAGCUUCUGGCGCCAUGAAAGUAGAUCAAACAGAAGUGAAAUACGCCCCACCAGGCGUCAUACGAGGCGACUCUGGCAGCGGACUGAUUGGCAAGGAUUAUCAAAUAGUUGGCAUUGUAUCACAUUUGGUCACCUCUUAUCCAGCUAUUAUUGUCUAUACAAAUGUAUCUCACUAUUAUUCCUGGAUACAUCAGAAGGCAGCAAAAAUAUUAUGUCCUAUUGAAUAACUCGAUGUGAGAAAUUGUUUGUUUUAUUUGAGAGAAUUUAUUUUAAACAAGUACCAUGAAUGAUAACAAUUAAAAAACAUGUAAAUAUAUUAUCAAUUAUGUGUUAUAUUAUCGGGAAAAUAAACUGUCAUGUUAUUA